AGUUACAAAAGUGGACGGACGCGGGGCAAAAUCUUCAGAUUUCUCCGGAGUCAGGGAGGUUGUACCCGCAUCGCUGCCGUUACAAGAGCAAAACCAAGUUCAUUCGCAGCAAACUACUCAACGAUGGGUCCCUCCACAGAUAAACCGGCUUCAAUAUCGUGACGAUGAAGCGGUUUUUCGACGGGUCCGAGGGAUCCUUAAUAAACUAACUCCGGAUAAAUUUGACAAACUAUGUGAUGAACUGCUUGGAGUGGGUAUUGAGACCAAGUACAUUCUGAAAGGCGUGAUUCUGUUGGUUUUUGAAAAAGCUCUCGAUGAACCAAAGUACAGUUCUAUGUACGCCCAGCUGUGUCUGCGGCUUAGUGAAGAGGCACCAAACUUUGAUGAUCCUGGAAAAACUGGAAACUCGACAUUCCGACGUUUGCUUCUCAAACAGUGUGAGGAUGAAUUCAACAAUAGAACCAAAGCUAGUCAAGCUUUUGAUAAAAAAGAUGGUCCACUUACACCGGAAGAGGAGGAACAGCGGUCGACUACCAAACGUAAAGUGUUGGGAAACAUACGUUUCAUUGGUGAACUCUACAAGUAUGACAUGUUGCAUGAAGCCAUUGUACACAGAUGCAUCAAGCAGCUGUUGGACAAGAAGAAACGUGCUUCAGUGGCAGACUUGUCGGAGUCCAUGGAGUGUCUCUGUUACUUGAUGAGAACUGUGGGACCUAGACUGGAUAUUCCCAAAGCUAAGCCUUUGAUGGAUCAGUACUUUGAGCGCAUCCAGCAGCUUUUAGGCCGCAGUGACUUUCCAUCUCGCAUCAGGUUCAUGAUUGAAGAUGUCAUAAGCCUACGCAAUGCCAAGUGGACUCCACGCAAGGCUGUACUGGAGACAGGGCCUAAGAUGAUUCAGCAGAUUCGCCAAGAGGCCUGGCAGAAUCAGGGUGGUAGACCUGGUUUCCCAGUUCCAGCUCAUGGCCAUGUGCCUCGUAACAUCCCACCACAUGCUCCUGGUAACUGGAUGAAUCAUGGAAUGGGCAGAGGAGCUGGGAAGGGAUCAGAGUACCAACAGAUGAGCCGAGGAAUGAAUGAUGUGUUUGUCACAGACAAUGGAUUUCGUCCCUCUGGUCCGCGCUUUGAUGAAUUUGGUUCUGGUGGAGUACUCCCAGACAGGUCUGGGUUUGGUAUAAGAUAUCAUGAUGAUGAUUAUGACCAGUUUGCACCGCGGGACCCAUGGGCUGAUUUGUCAUCAACCAAACAACCAACCAUGUUAUCCAAUUCACCAGCAAACAACUCAAAACCAACAGGAGGUGGAUGGAGGCCAGCAUCAAGGCAAAAUCACAUGAGUUCAGAUGGAGAGAUAAGUCUGCGGCCAGCAAGAGAUUCAAUUGCUGCAUCUCAGAGGCCUGGUGUACAUGUAGCUGGCAGAUCUCAAACCCCACCAGCUCAAAAGCAACUGGAUCCCUUAAACAGAACUGCUGCUCCACCCAUAAUAGAGAAGGCAAAGAAGCAAAACAAACCACAAACUCCUUCUACAGCUGAUCUCCACAAGCAAAUUGAGAACAUUGUUGCUGACUUUUUGGUGUCCAAGGAUGUAGAAACUGCAACAAAAGCUAUCAAGGAUAUCAAAGGACGGAGGUAUUUCACAAGCCUCAUCAGUCAACUGUUGGCCAAAAGUCUCAAGGCAGAAGAUCAGGAAUGUUUUAGUCAGCUAUUUUUUUUCUUGCACAAGUCACAGCUAUUAACAGCAGACGUGUUUAUCAAGGGAGUUUCAGGUGCACUGGAACAGCACCAAGACGUGGAAGAAGAAGACAUGAAAAUCAAAAAGCACAUGGCAAGGCUCAUGGCUAAAGCUGUAACACAGGGAAUUUUGAAUUUAAUUGAGGUGAGCUCCCUGACAGAAAAUGGGAAUUUCCACCCAACCCUCCUGCUGUGUCUAAAGGAACUGGAGGCCUUGGAAGGAAAGGACUGGCUAGUGAAAGAAUUCACCAACAGCAAACUAGAUCUGUUGCCGUCUUUACCAGAGGAUGACAGGACAAGUGAGAAGUUCAUGUCCAUCCUGGAAAAACAGAGUCUGGUUUUUCUCUUCCCUCUUCUUCAUAUCCAAGCUGAUCUUUAUUACAAAAUCGAAGAAGAUCCCACUGUCACUGCUAUCUACAAAUGGGUCAAGGAUAAUGUGGAGUCCUCAUGGCACACCAAUCCGGAAUUUAUUAAUGUGCUUGCCACUGGCUUGUUAAAGUACGCUACUAAGGACAGUACCCUAAGUGAGAGCGUGGACCCCACGCAGGCCCCAGAAAAGGACCUGAUGGAGAAAGAGAAGGCAGCCAUGAAGAAAUUACUACCACUAGUGGAGAAAUUUGUUCACGAGAAAAGCCACUUGCAAGUCAGCGUAUUGUAUGCACUGCAAGUAUUUUGUCACACCCACAAUUUUCCCAAAGGUAUGUUGCUGCGCAUGUUUGUGUUGCUGUACGAUACGGAAGUUGUGGAGGAGGAUGCGUUUUUGAGGUGGAAAGAAGAUGUGAGUGAGAAGCAUCCCGGCAAAGGAAAAGCUCUCUUUCAGGUUAACUCGUGGCUGACUUGGUUGGAAACCGCUGACGAAGAAGGAACGGACUCAGAACCCGAGUAACCAGGCGGCGUCCAUUUUUCGGUGGAAACCCAAGAGUUGCAGAGAAGCGUGGUCGGAGUGAAUCUCUUCCUAAAAUAAGACGCUAACAAGAAAAAUUGAAGCAUAAAAAAAGAGGAAAAAAUUGAAAGAAUUGCCUGAAGAUUGCAAUGAAUCGAACUUUAAACUCAUCAAUUUGUGUUCAUAACUGAGGUCAUUUUCUGUUUAGCAUGUAAUUGUCUUGUAAACGCGCGCAUUUUUGCUCUGGUUUUGUUUAGUCUGGCCUCUUAAUUUUUACCACGCGGUCUAAAAUAUUUUGUACAAAUGUAUCGCUAAAAACGCUCUGUACUUUAGUAAAUUCUGAAAAGCGUGAAAGAAGAAACUCUAAUGCGAAUAGUUGAGGUAAUAUUUCCCUGGAGAUCAAAAGCUUAAAUUUGUCCGCCAAAUGUAAUCAUUGUCAUAUUAUGUUACGCUUAUCAAUCAGCAACAACUAGACUAGUGGUAACUGUAAUUAUUUUUUUCGGUAUAAUUUGAGCAGGUUUUAAUUUUUUUUUUUUUUGCUUGUUUGUUUGUUUGUUUUUUCUUAGAAAUAGAAAUCUUAGAUAGCUUCAA